AGGGGCUGCGGCUGCCACGUUGGAGCGGAACGUGGAGGUGGCCCUGGGCCGGGGAGGAGGGGCGGCGGCGAAUCCUGAGAGAGUCUGACCGGCGCGGUGCUAACGCAGAACCGGUCGCUGAGGGUCCCGGGCAGUUGUGUCCGCCUGUUGCCUUCUGCCCUCUUCGACGGCCAUCGGGCCUUGAAGUUGUGCCCAGGAAGCUGGGACCCCGGCCUCGGUCUCUGCUGGCUCUGCCAGCCUGAGGCCCGGUCUCCGGUGACUACGCGCCCCUGGUCUUGGUUUCGGGCCCUACGGGACAACGUCAGGCAUCGAGACUGCUUCGGUGUUCGUGCCCGUCAACAGCCGCCGACGAGUCCAACGUCUAGCACAAGCUCCCCAGAGGAUUACGACAGGGUUUCCUGCCGGGCAUUCUCAGCCGGGUUGGUAACUGGAGUUUGAGGUUAGGAGACCUUCGGACCCAGUGCACAAAGAGGAUGAAGUUAAAAGAGGUAGAUCGCACAGCCAUGCAGGCAUGGAGCCCUGCCCAGAACCACCCCAUUUACCUAGCUACAGGAACAUCUGCUCAGCAGUUGGAUGCAACAUUUAGUACCAAUGCUUCCCUUGAGAUAUUUGAAUUAGAUCUUUCAGAUCCAUCCUUGGAUAUGAAAUCUUGUGCUACUUUCUCUUCUCACAGGUACCACAAGUUGAUUUGGGGGCCUCAUAAGAUGGAUUCCAAAGGAGAUGUCUCUGGAGUUCUGAUUGCAGGUGGUGAAAAUGGAAAUAUUAUUCUUUAUGAUCCUUCUAAAAUUAUAGCUGGAGACAAGGAAGUUGUGAUUGCCCAGAAUAAUAAACAUACUGGUCCAGUGCGAGCAUUGGAUGUGAACAUUUUUCAGACUAAUCUGGUAGCUUCUGGUGCUAAUGAAUCUGAAAUCUACAUUUGGGAUCUAAACAACUUUGCAACUCCAAUGACACCAGGAGCCAAAACACAGCCCCCAGAAGAUAUCAGCUGCAUUUCAUGGAACAGACAAGUUCAGCAUAUUUUAGCAUCAGCCAGUCCCAGUGGCAGGGCCACUGUAUGGGAUCUUAGAAAAAAUGAACCAAUCAUCAAAGUCAGUGAUCAUAGCAACAGGAUGCAUUGCUCUGGAUUGGCAUGGCAUCCUGAUGUUGCUACUCAGAUGGUCCUUGCUUCUGAGGAUGACAGAUUGCCGGUGAUUCAGAUGUGGGAUCUUCGAUUUGCCUCUACUCCACUCCGUGUCCUGGAAAACCAUGCCAGGGGGAUUUUGGCAAUUGCUUGGAGCAUGGCAGAUCCUGAAUUGUUACUGAGCUGUGGAAAAGAUGCUAAGAUUCUGUGCUCUAACCCAAACACAGGAGAGGUGUUAUAUGAACUUCCCACCAACACACAGUGGUGCUUUGAUAUUCAAUGGUGUCCUCGAAAUCCUGCUCUCUUAUCAGCUGCUUCCUUUGAUGGGCAUAUCAGUGUUUAUUCUAUCAUGGGAGGUAGCACAGAUGGUUUAAGGCAGAAACAAGUUGACAAGCUUUCAUCAUCUUUUGGGAAUCUUGAUCCUUUUGGCACAGGACAGCCGCUUCCUCCAUUACAAAUUCCACAGCAGACAACUCAACAUAGUAUAGUGCUGCCUCUGAAGAAGCCACCCAAAUGGAUCCGAAGACCUGUUGGUGCUUCCUUCUCAUUUGGAGGCAAACUGGUUACUUUUGGGAAUGUCAAAGUUCACUCUCAGCAGGGAGCUGAGCAGCAGCAGCAGCAACAUGUGUUCAUUAGUCAAGUGGUAACAGAAAAGGAAUUUCUUAACCGAUCAGAUCAACUACAGCAGGUCAUGCAGUCACAAGGAUUUAUCAGUUACUGCCAGAAAAAAAUUGAUGCUUCUCAGACCGAGUUUGAGAAAAAUGUGUGGUCCUUCUUGAAGGUGAAUUUUGAGGAUGAUUCUCGUGGAAAAUACCUUGAGCUUCUUGGAUAUAGGAAAGAUGAUCUAGGAAAGAAGAUUGCUUUGGCCUUGAACAAAAUGGAUGGAUCUGAUGUGGCUCUUAAAGAUUCUGAACAAGUAACACAGAGUGAUGGGGAGGAGAGUCCUGCUGCUGAAGAGCAGGUCUUGGGAGAGCACAUUAAAGAAGAAAAACAUGAAUAUGAAUUUCUACCCCCCUCUGGGGGAACAUUUAAUAUCUCCAUCAGUGGGGAUAUUGAUGGUUUAAUUACUCAGGCUUUACUGACGGGUAAUUUUGAGAGUGCUGUUGACCUUUGUUUACAUGAUAACCGAAUGGCUGAUGCCAUUAUAUUGGCCAUAGCAGGUGGACAAGAACUCUUGGCUCGAACCCAGAGAAAAUACUUUGCAAAAUCCCAAAGUAAAAUUACCAGGCUCAUCACUGCAGUGGUGAUGCAGAAUUGGAAAGAGAUUGUUCAAUCCUGUGAUCUUAAAAAUUGGAGAGAGGCUUUAGCUGCAGUAUUGACUUAUGCUAAACCAGAUGAAUUUUCAGCCCUGUGUGAUCUUUUGGGAGCCAGGCUUGAAAGUGAAGGAGAUAGCCUCCUGCAGACUCAGGCAUGUUUGUGCUACAUUUGUGCAGGAAAUGUAGAAAAACUAGUUGCAUGUUGGACUAAAGCUCAAGAUGGUAGCAACCCAUUGUCCCUUCAGGAUCUAAUCGAGAAAGUUGUCAUCCUGCGGAAAGCUGUACAACUCACGCAAGCCAUGGACACUAAUACUGUAGGAGUUCUCUUGGCUGAAAAGAUGAGUCAGUAUGCCAAUUUGUUGGCAGCCCAGGGCAGUAUUGCUGCAGCCUUGGCUUUUCUUCCUGACAACACCAACCAGCCAAACAUUGUGCAGCUUCGCAACAGACUUUGUAGAGCACAAGGAGAGCCUAUACCAGGACAGGAAUCACCUAAAAUUCCUUACGAGAGGCAGCAGCUAUCUAAGGGCAGGCCUGGACCAAUUGCUGGCCACCCACAGAUGCAAAGAGUUCAAACUCAACAAUAUUAUCCCCAUGUUAGAAUUGCCCCUACUGUUACUACCUGGAGUAACAAAACUCCUACUGCCCUUCCCAGCCAUCCACCUGCAGCCUCUCCCUCUGACACACAGGGAGAAAAUCCUCCACCCCCAGGUUUUGUAAUGCAUGAAAAUAUUAAUCCAAAUGCUGCUACUCAGCUUCCUACAUCUCCAGGUCAUAUGCACACCCAGGUACCACCUUAUCCACAGCCACAGCUUUAUCAACCAGCCCAGCAGUAUUCCUUCGGAACAGGGGGGUCAGCAAUGUAUCGACCUCAGCAGCCUGUUGCUCCUCCUGCUUCAAACGCUUACCCUAACACCCCUUACAUAUCUUCUGCUUCUUCCUAUUCUGGGCAGUCUCAGCUAUACACACCACAGCACCAGGCCUCUUCACCUACCUCCAGCCCUGCUGCUUCUUUCCCUCCUCCCCCUUCCUCUGGAGCAUCCUUCCAGCAUGGCGGACCAGGAGCUCCACCAUCAUCUUCAGCUUAUGCACUGCCUCCUGGAACAACAGGUACACUGCCUGCUGCCAGUGAGCUGCCUGCGUCCCAAAGAACAGGUCCUCAGAAUGGUUGGAAUGAUCCUCCAGCUUUGAAUAGAGUACCCAAGAAGAAGAAGAUGCCUGAAAACUUCACGCCUCCUGUACCCAUCACAUCGCCAAUCAUGAAUCCUUUGGGUGACCCCCAGUCACAGAUGCUGCAGCAGCAACCUUCAGCUCCAGUACCACUGUCAAACCAAGCUUCUUUCCCACAGCCACAUCUUGCAGGUGGCCAGCACUUCCAUGGUAUACAGCAACCUCUUGGUCAGACAGGCAUGCCACCAGCUUUCUCAAAGCCCAAUAUUGAAGGUGCUCCAGGGGCUCCAAUUGGAAAUACCAUCCAGCAUGUGCAGUCAUUGCCAACAGAAAAAAUUACUAAGAAACCUAUUCCAGAUGAGCACCUCAUUCUAAAGACCACAUUUGAGGAUCUUAUUCAGCGUUGCCUCUCUUCAGCCACAGAUCCUCAAACCAAGAGGAAACUAGAUGAUGCCAGCAAACGUUUGGAGUUUCUAUAUGAUAAACUUAGGGAACAAACACUUUCACCAACAAUCAUCAAUGGUUUACACAACAUUGCAAGGAGCAUUGAAACUCGAAACUACUCAGAAGGUUUGACCAUCCAUACCCACAUAGUUAGCACCAGCAACUUCAGUGAGACCUCUGCUUUCAUGCCAGUUCUCAAAGUUGUUCUCACCCAAGCCAAUAAGCUUGGUGUCUAAAAAGAUAGCUUCACUCCCAGCCGAUAUUGCCACUUUUCCAAAGAAACAUGUUAAGAAAAAUAUUGUAAGACAUGGACCAAUCCUCAUUAGCAUGUUUCCAUAGCAGCCAGUCAGGAACAUUUAUAUUAUUUCUGCAGAUAUACUCACUUUAAAACUGCUCAAAACCCUGGUGCUUUCUUUUGUUUUAAUCUUUUGUUGCACAUUAUGAUUUUCCUAUUCUGCAAAUAGUGUAUUUCCUGGAUUACACAUAGUAUGGUUUUCUGAGGUAUUCUGACAGAAUGUGGUUUUUAAACCUUACUCUUUUUAGAAAAAUUGCAUCUGGUUAUGCAUAAAGCAAAGCUAAAACUAAAUUUCUUUCAUGUCCUCCCUACUUUGUCCAUGUCGAUCAGAUUAAAGUGUGUAAUCCUACCUGAUGUGUUUGUAGUCUUUAAAAUAUAUAUAUAUAUAUAUAUAUCUGCUGAAUUGGGGAUAUAGCUUAGGCAUAAAGCACUUGCCUGUCAUGUACAAGGCCUGGGUUCCAUUCUUAGCACUGCAGAGGGAAACAAUAAAUGGCUGCCCACAAUUUAGUUUAAUCUGUUUCUUAUGUCUUGCUUGGAUUUUACCCUGAACUGAAUAAAAGUGUGAUCACUAGCUUUAAAUAGUUGUAGGGAAGCCACUGAACACUUCUGUAGGAUGCAUUGAGCUUUUUCCUAUUAAUAUUUCAUUAUUCUGUUUGUAUUUAAGAUUGAAUUGUCCUAUUUUACAGUUAGAAAUUUGCUCACCCAUUUUCUAUAAAAUUACCUAGACCUUUGAGUUUUAAGUUCAGAAAGAAAAUUUUAUUUCAGUCAUCCUGAAAAAAUCUCAUUUUUUCCAGCCAGUUUUUCUAUCAUGUGAUUUUAUUAUAAUUUGUCUUAAGAAUACUAUGGAAAACAAAAUAUAAUGGUCCCUGUAGAAUCUGGAAGAAAAUUAGAAUUAAUAUAAAUGUUCAUUGUUUAUGCAAUAGUAGCUGAGGAUCAAAAAUCUAGAAAAUAUGACUACUAUGUAGAUAAGUAUGCUAUUUCAAGGAGUUAAUAGUAAUUCAUCAGGCUUACUUGCAGCCCAAGUGAAUUAGUUUGCAAGAACCUCUGAAUCCCCUUUGUUGUUAAGGAUACCCUACUGGACAAAUAACCCUCUUCUUAAAAAACAAAGAACAAAACAAAACAAAAAAAGAUUUUAUACAGCAUUGUUUGGUAACCAAAAAAAAAAAAAAAA